AUUAGCUGUAGUUGUAAUAAUCGUAAUAUGCCAAGGAAGCAAGCUAGUGAUAAAAUGCAAGAGAAGAGUCACUUUCCAAGUCAGUUUACAAUGGUUUCAUUUCACGAAUACUGCUAAUAUAUCAAAAAUUCACACGUCAUGUAUCCACUCAAAUUUGCACAGUUUAUACAUUGCAUUGUUUAAAGUUUAUCCGGUUAUUUGCAGUGUGCAAAGUUUAUUAGAAACAUUCAUCUUUUUUAGAUCCUAAUUUCUGUAACAAAGUAAAUCUCAAUUCACUGAUUCAGUCAACAAAAUGCUGACUGACAGCAUGCAACGAUUAGUUCCUGUGAGUCUGUAGUUUUGCUUAGAAAGAAAGAUGGUCAGACACUCAUCAUGGCUCGUGUUUACUUGUUAUAUCCCACAAGCCUGUGUUUCAUUUACAAAGGUGCUGAUGGUUUAGUCUCAGAGCUCUCACUCUGAAGCUCAUGCUGAAAGAAUUUGAUUGAAUUUGGGAUGUGAGAACGCAAAACAGUUGUGUUUAUCCCACAGGAGAGGGACUGCAUUGUCUUGUGUGAACAAAACCCCAUCUGAAGACUUCCAUACAGAUGACCAGUGAUGGCUACGUCAUCAGACUCAGCAGACAAUUCAGUGGAUGAAGGUGUGUCUAAACACACUUCGAAGAUAACGCUGUCUAUUGUCCUGGUGAUCGUCAUUAUACUGUCUGCACUUGGUAAUUUGCUUGUGAUGGUGGCUCUCUCUAAAGACAGACAGCUGAGGAAGAAGAAGACCAACUUCUUCAUUGUAUCACUGGCAUUUGCAGACCUUCUAGUUGCCCUGGUUGUGAUGCCGCUGGCAGCCAUAGAGCUGACCACAGGUCAGUGGAAAUAUGGAGAGACAUUCUGCUUGGUCCGUACCUCACUGGACGUGCUGCUAACCUCUGCGUCUAUUCUGCAUCUGUGCUGCAUUGCACUGGACAGGUACUAUGCGAUUUGCUGUCAGCCUCUGGUCUACAAUAACAAGAUGACACCUGUGAGAGUCUCACUGAUGCUGGUUGGAUGCUGGGUCAUCCCCAUUUUCAUCUCUUUUCCCAUCAUGCAAAGUUGGAAUACCAUUGGAAUCGAGAGCUUUAUCGAACAAAGAAAAUUCAACUCCUCCCAUAAUUCGACUUGUGUGUUUAUGGUGAACCGGCCCUAUGCUCUGGUGUGUUCGGCUGUGGCCUUCUAUGUGCCUCUGGUGCUGAUGGUUCUCGCCUAUCAUCGAAUCUAUCGCACCGCAAUGGGACACGCUCGGCGAAUCGGCUCGCUGCACCGGGCCGGUUCAGCCCCUUCUUCGACUUACCCCAACCACAAUCAACAGGGCUCCAGUCGCAUUAAGAAUGAAACCAAGGCGGCCAAGACGCUGGCUGUCAUCAUGGGCUGCUUCUGUCUGUGCUGGGCGCCCUUCUUUAUCACCAACAUGGUGGAUCCCUUCAUCAAUUACAGCGUGCCGUGGCAGAUGUGGACCGCUUGGCUCUGGUUGGGUUACAUCAAUUCAGGCUUGAAUCCGUUCCUAUAUGCUUUUCUGAACCGGGCUUUUCGGAGAGCCUUCCUUAUGAUCCUGUGCUGUGGAAAUGAGCACUAUGCCCCACAGGAGGGCUUUAGUCCAAGCAGACGACAAUCAGAGUCUGCCAACGGAACCUCCAUUUCUCUCAGAUUGUCAUUUCUUCAAAUCCGAAGGUUCAGCGAUAAUUCCAACCGAUUUCUGUCAAGCGAGCAGGAAUCUCAGGAGUCUGUUGGUGCAUCAUAGCCAAGAAUUCAAUGCCCACAGCAGCCUGAGGAGAACAUACAGACAACAGUCUACACAGGAAACGUGUCAAAUCAAGAGACUUCACUGCAGUUUCCUUUUGAUGAGAAACAACAAAUCACAAAGAUGGUGUAUAGGCCUAUUUCACAGAACUUCUACAGUAAAUUAUGUAAGAAUGAUUUUAGCAUGCAGGUAUUUUAUCAGACAGCCUAAAACCAUUAAUGCAACCAGAUAAAAUGUCUAGGAAUGUUCAAGGAGAUGAGUAAGGUUUGAAAAGCACAACAAAGGAAAAGAAAGCAAAGAAAAUACACUUUAAAGGAAGCAGUGCACUUAAAAAUUAAAAUUGCUGAAUAUUUAUGCACCCUCAGGUCUUCCAAGACCAUCACUUCUCACAAACGGAUCCUGUUUCGUGAAUGGGUGCCGUAAAAAGAGUCUGAUAAUUGUGAAGUGUUUCUCCAGGAACUGAAAUUCUGUCCUGUAGAGUUGAUCUCCAACCCUAAUUAAACACACCUGAAGAAGCUCUUCAGGGAUGACUGUGUUCCAGGCAUGUGUUUUGGAGUUGCAUUCUGCAGGACACCAGCCUCCACGACUGGAGUUUGAUACGUGUUUUAGCCGGAAGCAACAGUUUGAAGUUAAAAACAUCUUAAAUAUGGAUUUGUUUCAACAUGUACAAACAUGCAGCUUUUCACUUUACAAGAUGUUAAUUGAUGAACUGGAGUUGUGUGGAUUACUUAUGAAGUAUUGUCAUGUUUUUAUCAGCUGUUUGGAAUGUGACGGCACCCAUUCACUACAUAUUAUCCAUUGGCGAGCAAAUUAUAUAAUGCUAAAUUUCUCAAAAUUUGUUCAGAAGAAACAAACUCGUAUUCAGUAUGUAGCCUGAGGUAAAUAUUUAACAGUUUAUCUAACAAUUUAUUCAAAUAGAUAUUUCUUCGUCCCCUUGAACAUUUUUCAAGCUAUAUGGAGCUAUUUUCUCAUUUGUGUAGUUAUUCUCAUCUGUCAAGUUAGGAGGAACAUUUCUGCUUCAGCUGCAAAGGCUAACAAUGAUAAAUAUAUACUGCUCAGCAGACGGGUGCAAACGGCUUGUCAUUUAAGCAUGCGGUUAUUCUUGCAUCCAUUAAACCUCUAAAUGCUCAUUUUCAGACUAAGUAUCAAUGUAUUUGUUGUACAUGUACAGUUUUGACUUCUGUGAAAAGAAGCAGUAGCUUGUCACUGUGUGACAUUUGUACUUCUAUUGUAUCUCUGUGUAAUCAAACGUGUACCUGUAAUGUAGUGUACCUGGAUGAUGAAUCUAAAAGAUCUGUUGUCAAAGUUUCAUGAAACUAUAUGAAAACGACAUUGUUACUCCAUACCACAUGUGUUCGGCACUUCUCAUCUAUUACAUAAAAGCUGCUGUUUGAUUGAAGUGCCAUUGUUCUUUCCAUUGUGGUCCAGACAGUUCCUAGGAGACAGCUAAAUGCUGAAAUAUUUGAGUUGUGUAAUGAUUCAUAUGGCCUUGAAAGCAUUAGCUUGAUCAGGCCAUUACAUUGUUUUGCCCAAAUGAGCCAAUUACAUGUCGAGGCAUCGAGUGCCACUCAAGAAUUCAAAUUUGACCAUCAAAGAUCUACAUUACUAUCCAUUUGCGCAACAAAUGUGAAGAUGAUUUCAAACGUGAACUUUUAAAGCAGCUAUUCCAGCAUGAGGCCACACAAGAUGUUUUAUACUCUGCCAGAGACAAUCAACUUGACAAAAAAAUAAGAAUGCCAAGAUCUCUGAAGUACUGCUUUGACAGUCGCUCAUAAUACACACUACUGUUCAAAAGUUUGGGGUCAGUAAACUUUACGUAACUUUUCAUUACCGCUGGACAUUUUUGAUCAAAACAGAUCUAUUGUGAAAUAAUAUUCCCAUUUAAAACAGCUGUUUUAUAUUUUAUUUCAUUUUAAAAUGUAAUCUAUUUCUCUGAUCGCAAAUCUUAAUUUUUAGCAGCCAUUACUCCAGUCAUCAGUGUCACAUGAUCCUGCAGAAAUCAUUGUAAUAUGCUGAUUUGAUGUUCCAUUAAUAUUUAUCAGUGUUGAAAGCAGUUGUGCUGAAUUUUGUGGAAACAGCAAUACAUAUACAGGAUUCUUUGAUGAAUAGAAAGUUCAAUGAACAGCAUUUAUUUUAAAUAGAAAUAGACACGUCUCUAUUCUCCCAUUUGGUUAAUGUUAAUGCAUCCUAGCUGAA